ACAAGGUAUCUACGGACAGCUCAAACUCAAGCUCAAGCUCAAGUUUAACCCCAUAAAGAACACAAACUCCCACACGAAGCAGAGCCCACCCCCGCGCGCCCUUCUCCUUCUUCCCCUUCUCUGCCAGCCUCCCCCCGUUGACCGACCAACCAAGCUCGCCAGCGGCCAAUCCAUGGCGUACGGCGGCGGGAGCCGCCAGCAGAGGUCCUGCUGCGGCGGGCUGUGCAGCUUCAUCAUCGCCGCGGGGUUCGUGAUCCUCAUCUACUGGGCCAUCUUCCAGCCCCACCACAUCCGCGCCACCGUCGCCUCCGCCACUCUCACCAACCUCACCGUCUCCCCCAGCUCCGGCCCCAACCCCUCCAUCUCCUACAGCCUCUCCCUCGAGCUCUCCCUCUACAACCCGAGCCUCCGCGUCGCCAUCUACUACGACGCCUUCCCCCGCGCCGACCUCCGCUCCGUCUCCGGCGUCUUCCUCGGCCCCGCCGCCACCGUUUCCCCAUCCGAGUUCCUGCAGAGCAAGCGGAGCACGGAUUCAGUGAAGCUGGAGUUCGACGGGACCAAGGGGGUUGGAGUGCCCGGGGAUGUUGCCGGGGAGAUGGGGAAGGAGGCGGCUGCUGGGGCCGUGAGAUUCGAGGUGGCCGUGGACGCGCGGGUCAGGUAUAAGUUUGCGAGCAUCAAGAUCCGGCAGAAGCCGAGGAUCUGGUGCGUGAUUUCGGUGCCUGUUAAGCCGGAGCCACGCGGACAGGGGUUCGAGGGCGCCAUUGUCUCCGGCGACCGCUGCAGCGUCAAGUACUGAAGGAAGGAUUAAGCAUUGUGUUCCUAGGCUUGAUCAUGUUUGGGGGUCUUUGUUAGCGAGAGAUUUGUCAGUGUUCCCCUGUUCCAGGUUCGAUUGGUUCGUGUUAUUGUUUGUGAUUUUUGGGUCGUCUGUGUAACGCUAGUUUCGGUUGUUGUUUUUGAUUUUGGAUUACGUUGUUGAGGAAUCGUUGAUUAAUUGAUGGAUUUGUAAGAGUUGUGUGCUGUGCUGUGUGUUUUGAUGAUUUUUAGUGUGAUUCAUUGGAAGGUUUGAA